AGCAAAAUUUCUUGUGCAAACAAAAUUCUUAAUAAUAAUUAUGCGAAUAUUUGGUAAAGUCCUGCAGACUUUGCGGCUUUCAAGACGACAAUCGAAUUUUAAACCGCGUCGCUAUUCUUCCCUUCUUUGUUGCCAUAACCCUGUUCGGCGUUCCACUCCUACCAACGUUAUAAAAAAUGUGACCAUCCGGCCCAUGUCUUCUAAGACAGACUCUUCCAACAAGGGAGGCGCCACUGUUAAAGCAAACAUAGCCAACAUACUGCCCGUGGCCUUGAUACAUUGGAAAAGCCCGAAUUCUUCGACGAGAAUCAUGCUAAUCCCGCUUAACUUAUUCGACGGCGACAACGAUGCUAACAAUAAUACAUUAAGAACGCUGUCGGUGAUUCGGGAACAUGCGAGACAAAUCGAGGCGUUCACUGAAAAUUUAAUGGACUCAACAGAACCAACGUGUUACAGCGUUCCGCUGGCAUCCAACAACACAAGGGCACUGCUGGACCAGUUUCCCGGUCAUGAUGACGGGGCGGUGGUGGCUAAUGAUGAGGAAGCACCAAACUUGCGUGCUUUGAAAUCAUCGCAGGAGGGUUUCAAGGGCAACCGCGUCUCACGUUACGAGAAUCGGGAGCGCGCUGUCGCUGAGCAGGAUACGAGUCGCAUCAAAGCACACGACUGCUUCGGGCGGGAUUUGGUUGUGUAUGUGCCGGAGAAUUCGGCCAUAUCUUCAAUGCAGCUGGCCUUCGAAAUGGACAUGAGCAACAUUCGCGACGAUAUUCUUAGCACUGAGGCCAUCAAGAACAUAGACAUGUUUAAGGCCCUCACAUCGAAGUCUUUGAAAGAUCCCACUUUGAAGAUGACAGUCAAUUUGGACCUGGACAAAUCUGCUGUAGAGAAUACAAUUCCCUUGGAUGUCAAUGCACUGAUUCAGGGCACUCUCGAAAUUGAUCCAUCCAAAUAUACACCAGGCGAACUGGAAGAAAUUAAGGCGCCUGAAUUUAAUGACUGUGUCACUGCUACAGCAGCAAAUAUCUGCAGCACGGCUUUGAAAAAGGGCUUUCCGGCGUAUAUCAGCCGAAUGUCGUAUUCCACGAAUUCGUCGGAAAAUAAGGAAGCUCCAGCUCGUGAUGCCCACAUUGUUUGCGUUCGCGAAGGUUCCAAGGGGUGUAUUUCACCUGGAAAUGCCGAGUAUCCGAAAUUUGAAGCCAAGCCCAGUUCCGGAAAAUCGUCAGCAUCAAAAGAAGCUGCGCAAUCAGGCAAGGCUGGUGGUGCCUGCAUAUCUUCAGAAAUCUCGUUGCUCUCCUCCGAAAUAAUUGGUCACAAUUCUCGUGGUCUGAUGAGUUGUAAGGCGUACGCCCGAGCACUAGUUGAAGCAACGAAGCGCCGUGCGGAAAUCUCCAAGGACAAAUGUAAGCCGAGUGACGAAACAAAAAUUAAAAAGGAAGCGACAAGGAAACGGGAUAAAUGCGGUGAUACCAAAAAUCCAUGCACAACGCCAUUGUUGGACGAGUGCGGAAAAGAGCUGAAAAAGGACUGUCCAACUAGGAAAAAGGAGGAUAAGAAAAAGAAGAAAGAUCCUUGCAAGGAUGAUCCCUGUAAAAACGCGGCUAGUAAAGAUAAGGGGACAUGCCGAACACCGGGCUCUUCGAUGCCCUGUGGAAGUAACAAAAAGAAGCAGGAAAAGGAUAAGGAAAAGAAGAAAGACAUUUGUGGAAAUUCGGAAAAGGGGAAUCGAUGUCAUAGUGAGACGGACGCAUGCCGAACAGAGAAAGAUGACUGCCCCAAACCAAAAAAGGAAAAGUGUAUUUUGGAUGAUCCAUGCAAAGACCCCUGCGAAAAGGGAAAAGGGGAAAAACCUGAACCAAAAAAGAACUGCUCCUCUGCUACUCCCCUUUUAUAUAGCGUAAAUUCCCCGCUUCCCAAAAAGCAAGAAGCCGUAGCUUCCGAUAAAGAAACAAAAUGCCAGCCGGUGACGAGUCUUUCGGAUGUGAAAAAAUCAAAAUCCUCUUCAAACUGUGAAACGUCAGCGAAGAAAUCCAAGAGUGCCAGUGACAUAAAAAGGUCAGACAACAAAUGCAAAACCGAGCCAAAGAAAUCUAGUACUACAUCUUGUAAGCCGCCCGGCAGUAAAUCGGACUCUGGUGCAUCUGAUUCCUCUCAAGCCAAAUGUAAGCCAUUUAAUAGUGUUAGUCCUAUGAAAGGCAGUAAAUCUAAGACUGGAUCACCUAAAAAGUCCGCCUCCGACUCAAACUGUAACGAAACUAAGGCUGGGAAAUCAGAUUCAACUAACAAAGAAAAAUGUAAGCGAUACGAAGGUUUCUGUACCAAGAAGAAAUUUAACUCCGAAAAAUCGGAAAGCAAAUCGAAGCAAGUCAAAAAUUUAUCUGACCUGAAUAAAUCGAAAUCGUCCUGUUCAACAGACGAAAAGAAGUCCGGGGACAAAUCUAAGCCAAUCAUGGAUCUAUGCAAUCUGAAGAAGUCGAAAUCUACUUGCGCGACUGAUAAAGAAGAUGACGGAAAGAAAUCUGAAAGGGCCGCAAGUGAAUGUAAGCCUGUAAAAAGUUUAUGCGACGUGAAGGAGUCAAAAUCUUCUUGCUCAACGGGCAAAGAAGCAGACGGGAAGAAAUCUGCUAAGUCCAAAAUCGAAUGUGGAGCUUCUAAAUCAUCACCAUCAAAGUCUGAUUCCAAAGACAGCUGUCAGAAAAAAAAGCCAACAGCGCCCAAGUGCAAGGCCAAGCCUGGUUCAGGUUCAGGUCCGGGUGCAGCUUCGGGAUGCAAAAAGUACAGCACGUUGACGAACCCCAAAGCAAUUACUGAAAUUUUACCGGUUAAGCGCUUCUUCAGUACCAUCUCGUCAUAUUAUGUUCCGCAUGGUUUAAUGCCGUGGAGACAGUUUAGUUCGAAGAAAAGUGCAAAAGGAAAGAAGAAAGAUGGCAAAAGUUCGGGGAUGUGCAUGAAGCUUCAAUCGAAAUCAAAGGCCAAACGCACUGAUAAACCUGAGCGAAAAAAACCAAAGACGGACUGCUAUGCUGACGUCGAGACGUGUCAAGAGGCUGGUUGCAAGGAUCCUCAGAAAUCUAGCUGCGGCAAAAACAAGAAGGAAAAUAAGAAUCUCUCACCUCUGCGCUUACGAACUUGUCUUCAAAUUGCCGGUCCACUAUCCUCCCAUAAGGAAGGACAAAUCGGAUGCUAUGAAGAAACAAAAACUAUUGAACAAUGUGUAAACGAUAACGACAGUGACGAUUGUGAUUCUGGAGAUGAAAGUGAAAGUGACUCAAAUCUAAUAAAUGAGACAAGAAACGAAGUUAUAAGAAUAAUGGAGCCAUCUACCGUUGAAAGAUGUUUGGAAGCCAUGCCAAAUUUUAGUGAAUAUGAUGUACUUGUGCGCACCGAAGCCGUGGCACUAUCUGGCUCAGACCUGCAUUACUAUGAAACUGGAGGCGAAUCAUAUCCCGGCAUGACGCUAGGUCACGACGCCACUGGUGUGGUAGAAGAAGUUGGCUGUUCAAUAACGAAGCUACGCCCCGGGGACCGCGUUGUCAUAGAAUCGGGCUUAGCUUGCGGCAUAUGUGACUAUUGCAAGAAGGGCUGCUACAACAUCUGCAACCAACUAGUUUUCAAUGGGUUUCUCCGUAAAUACCAAGUACACCCCGCCGACCUCUGCCACAAAAUACCAGACGACGUCGACAUGAUCGAAGCGACUCUGACACAAACUCUGGCCCUUGGCUGCCAGGCGUGUUUCAAAGCCCAGGUGCUACCCAAUACAAAUUUACUGGUUAUCGGCGCCAGCCCCACGGCCAUAUCGACGGCACUAUGCGCACGGGCUAUAGGUGCCGGCAACAUCUGUGUGGCGUCUACGAUGAGGGAACCUCUUGAAGUGAUUCAGAAUACGUUUCACUUUAACUGUAUGAACUACGAGGCUGACCUGCAGUACGGCCUGAUAUUAAAGUGUUUGUAUAGCACGUUGCACGCCUGGCCAGAUGCUGUCAUAAACUGCGCCGUCUCCGAGAAGACCCUGAAUUUAGCAGUGAUGGCACUGAAGCCGUGCGGCGUUUGCGUCUUAGCGGAAUGCGAUACAGAAUGUGCAUGCUUUAAUGCAAUGGACGUGAUUAUGAAAAACCUGAAAUUGCUUCCCAGUUUCCGUUCCAUUAACAUGUUUCCGACUGCGCUGAAUUUGAUUGAUUGUGGUAAGGCGCCCAUUGGUCGGCUUAUUUCACGAGUGUUUGAAUGGCACCAGGUGGAGCAGGCUUUCCGGAAAGCGCUACACGAAUCGAAUGUCGGAAACAAAAAAGUUAUCGUAAGAUGUGCAGAGGAAGAAGAUGCAUACAGGAAGGAAGAUUGCAAAACCUGAUUAUUGAAAUUCAAACAUUUUUCUCUCAUAAAAAUUG